AUGUUUUCAUCAACAACAGAUGCUCCCCUUGCCAUCAUUGAUGGUCCAUCGAUAUCUCCACAACGACAAUACUCAACAAGACCUGAACAACCCCAUCAUCGUCAUCAAAGAUUCAACAAGAACAAUAUUGUGAUCAUUCAACCGCAGGGCGUAGAGAUAGAGAUGGGCGGAGGAGAGGUAGAAGUUGCCGAUCAGAGCAACUUUAAGAGAAACUACAACAAUGCUAGUUCUUUUGUGAGAAUGAAGCUGAAUCCUAAUCAAAAAGAAAGGGUUUUGGCUUUUGUAAAAGAUGUCAUGAGAUGGAGAUGGACAAAGGACAAUGACCAAGUGUUACCCUUUUGUGAUGAGAUUGGGAUCACUCCUCGUUUCUUGAGGACUUGGAUUAAUAAUAAUGUUCGCAGAAUUGGGCCAAAAAAGCCAUCGUCUAAGGAAAACAAAUAA